AUGAGCGACUUGAAAGACCGUCUGGCGCGAUUGGGUCUGUCCCAGUACCACCAAGUAUUCGUAGCCGAAGGCUUUGACACGUGGGAGACAGUGCUCGACAUUACCGAAUCCGACCUGAGCUCCCUCAACGUCAAACUUGGCCAUCGACGAAAACUUCAACGGGCCAUUGCCGAAUCGCGCGGACAGGCAUCUGAAAAGCCCCUUCCCAUCAAUCUCGCUCGGGCGGGAAGCACCGCGGGCUCGUACCGGAGUGAUGAUUCCGGUCCCGAAAGCAAGUCCAAGCAGCCCGAAUCAAGCAGUACUGCAUCUGGUGUAACAGGCGCUAAGCGAAAGUACCGGCGGCAUCCAAAGCCCGACGAACAUGCUCCCGAACGUCCCCCUUCUGCUUAUGUCAUCUUCUCCAAUCAGGUGAGAGAGUCCCUAAAAGGUCAGGAUCUUUCCUUCACCGAGAUUGCCAAAGUGGUUGGGGAGAAAUGGCAAGUCUUGCCAGCCGAGGAGCGCGAAGGCUGCGAAAGACAAGCCAAUGGGGCCAAGGAGAAAUACUAUGCAGAGUUGGCUGAGUACAAGAAAACACCCCAAUAUGAGGCCUAUCAGAGAUAUCUGGAAGACUUCAAAGCAAAGCAUUCGGUUCCGACAAAAGAAGGCAAGCGUUCGAAGCUGGAUACAGAAACGAGCACGUCAACAAGAGCGGGCAGCAACGAACAGAAUGAUCAGGCAGCGAAUAGAAGACUAAGUUUCACCCAGCCAGAAACCAAUUCGAUAACGCAACAAAAGCCGGAUCCCAACCACCCGGUUGGCCCUUCGCGGCUUCCGGCAGGUCCUUCUUAUACCUCCAAACCCACGUCGCCUACCAACCGCUCGCUUUCCGGCUUCAAUUCUCCUCGCUCAGGCGAACAGUUCUCUCCGGUUUCUGCCUCUCCGCGCUCUGCAAACACACAGAGGGAUGGUGUCUUUGAGCCGCCUGCCGCUAAUUCGAUGCGAGAUCCCAGACUCCCCUUUGACGCCAAUCCAUACCAACAGCCGCCUCCAUUCAAUUCAGACCAUAACCACCACUCAUCAUCGACCCCACCGCCACCUUCGUACACGUAUGCAUCGCAUUAUCAAGCGCCACCCGACUUCCCGUCUCGUAGGACACCGCGGGAAUCAACGCGCCUCCCGCCUCUCAGUCACGAGGACACGACGUUAUCUUCGGAAAGUGGCCAUAGUGGCCAGGGGGUGCCCACGCCAAAUUACCCUGAGCAGACGUUGCCCGCGGACCUCAGUAAGACAAUGCGUAUGCUCCCCCAGCCAGUCCCCAGCAUAGGACCAUCACCCUCACCGCUGGACCGCCCUGUGCCACCUGUGGCGACGUCACACUACCCUCACCACUCGCAUGAUUACCGAACGCAGGGCCCACUCGCGGUCCUAGUAAGAGCUGGAGAGCUGGCGUCUAGGGUGGCCGAUGAGGAUGCGGUAGAGCACGCAGGGUCGCCUUGA